UUAAAUUGUCAAAUCAAAUGGCAACGCCGGUCAGUGUGUCACAAACUUCCGAGCAAUCGGAGCAUUAAAUCUUAUAUACUUUGCGGUCUGAGCGAUUUAGCACCAUACCGCUGACACAGUGCACUAAAACAUGGAGUGGCACGAAGUUGAGCUGGACGGGAGCCGCACGACUCAGUUCCCGGAGCGGAUCGUGCCCGGAUUCGGGCUGAAUCUUUCGCAGACCGGUAAGUGUGGCGUGGGAUUUGGUAGCAUUGCAUUGGUCCCUUAUUUGACCCAAUUCGCAGACGACUGCCUGGGCGGCAUCAUCCGCGGCGGGCAGUGGGGAUGGGUGACCCGCAGGAAAGGCAAAGACGCCACCCUACUAAUCUGCAUCAUGGCCACCGGCGAGUGCGUAUCCAGGCAUUGCUUUUGGCGCCAGUCCGCCAACGAGGAAAAGAGCCACCACUUCAACAGUAUCCGUUGUGUGGAGGAACUCUUUCCCGGCGAGCCGAAGCGACCGGCGUUGCUGGCCAUCUGCCUGGAGAUGUGGGACCACAGGACGCAGGUGCUCAUCUACGCGUACAUUUCCGGCAAGGUGCUGCGCCGCUUCGAUCUGCAGGACCACCUCCACUGCCGAGCAAUGACCUUUCUGGACGAAAGCCUCUGCGGCGGAACGCGACUAAAACUAUUCGACGGCUGCCUGGCUGUGGCCACCGAAGAAGGCACUGUCCUCCUGGUCGAUCUCAACGCCGGCAGACUGCUGGAGGAGCGUGGGCGCCAUAGUCUCGACAGACCCAGUGACGAGGGCAAGCCCUCCUACGGCAAACUGUACUGUAUUCCCGGCAAGGAGCUCGGCCACCGCCGCAUCGAAUCCGUGCUCGAAAAGUGCCGCUCCAAAGUGGCCCACUUGGCUGUGCAAGUGGAUGUGGCAAGCACCGGAAUUCGGAGCUUGAUGGGCAUACCCGUUGCGCCCGGCUUCGCCGCUGGACUGGAGGAUGGUCGCAUCGCCAUCUACGAUCUGAUCCUCUUUCAGCUGACCACCACGAUGCAGCCGCCGCCAACUAAUGGACGUGAUCAUGGGGCCGUGGAGCGGAUGUGCCUCAUCAUGCCGCCGGACGACCCGAAACCCUGCUUUUACAUAAGUGCCUUGUACCAGAUCGCCGAUCGCCUGCACAUGCUGCUGCACAACGUCUACUACAGGCGCGUGGAGCAGGUGGGCGACGGGUUCCGCUUCGAGCACUUCCAUUCCAGCUCCGUGCGCAACCACCAAAUCUUCGACAGAGGCAGCUGCUCCGUAACUGCCUGCACCACGGCGUCCACCUUCAGCUUUGCCGGCGACAGCGGCACGCUGCUGCUCAUCAUCUCCUGGUACUCGAACACAGAUCGCAAAAACAAGCUCGUCCUGUUCGACAUUAACCAGUGGUACAAGGACGAGAUGCCCUCCUGCCUGAGGCACAACGAAACUCCGCAUUACGUCGCCGGCUACAUCCUAAGUGGUCUGCCCAUCGGCUUGGGACUGCAUCUGCGCUCCACCUCCAUUAUGCACUAUGUCUCGCUGCAGCGCUACGAUGAGCACUUCUAUCCCGACUCACUGACCUUCGAUUGCAUGCUGCUAACCGCAACCGGCAGCCGCUACUACGCCCAGGACGGAGUGCAGAAUCGCUUUCUUAACACCCUCCGCUGGGAGCACGCCACGCUCUUUCUGCGACCACAGCCCUACCACGAGAGCAUUGUCCGCCUGCGACUUCUGCCCCAGUUCUGCGAGCUGAGCCCAAACGCCACCUUCUCCAAGACUGCCAUGUACGAGGUAAUACUGUCGGUGGCCUUGGAGCACAACUGCGGGGCCCUGCUGAACGACUGCGCCCGGAGCUGGAUGGACGGAAGCUUCCUGUGCAACCUGCUCGAUCCCACCAAGCUCUCGCUGGCCACGCUCACCCAAUGGAUCGUGCGGCGCGCCGGGCAUAUCAAGUCGCGCUGCUCGGAGCUGUGCCAGGGCAUCUUCGACUACGGUGGCUACUCCCUGGACGAGCGGGAGCGGCGCGAGUUCCAGCUGCUCACCGACCAACUGAGCGAGCUGCUGCGCCUGCAGUCCUACAUUGUGGAGCAGGGCCGGCGCAGACUGGCGCCCACGACGCUGGCCGAGUGCAAGGGCAACGAGCAAGCGCUGCGAACGGUGCACGAGUACCAGAGGGUGCUCUACUGGUUCAUCGAGCAGGGCCUCCUGCCGGAGGGCCAGCACGAGGCCCAUCAUCGCGAGCACCGGGAGCAGCCGCUGGUCCGCCUGCGACACGUCUACUCCGAAAGGCGGGCGCAGCGCAAGACCCUUUACAUUGACGCCCUGAUAAAGCACUCUGGCCUUUCGAACACUUAUCCGCCGGACUCGCUGCACGCCCUGCUGCUUGUGAUGCUCGCUCCGGACACUGAGGUGGCCCCCAAGCAGGCGCUGCUCCUGUACCUGCUGCUGGACCUGGACUCACAGCUGGGCAGACGCUUCAAGAACGCCUUCCAGCUGGGCGAAGGUCUGGCCAAGUCGGUGCGCUCCUUCUGGUGCUUGGACCGCGGCGAUUACGAGCAAUGCCUCAAGGAGCUGUACAUGCACCCCGCUCCGGCCAGCAACUACCAGGUGUGGCAGACGCGCCUGUUGGUGGAGACGCUGCUGGCGGGAGGCGCCAUCAAGGCGGCCAUGCGCGUGGUGUACCAGCCGCCGGGACCACUGCCUCCGUCGCUGCACAUGAGCGUGCUGCUGGCCAACGAAAGCAUGCCGCAGGCCUUCCAGCUGGCCCGCCUCCACGACGACGAGGAGGGGCAGCCGCUGCUGGAGAGCUUCUUCCGCCACUGCCUGCGACGUGGCCGCUUCAAGGCGCUGGCCGAGCUGUGUUUGCGCGGCCCGGAGGAGCGGCUCCUGUACCGUCUGCUGCGUGAGUGCCGCUCGCGCCAGGCGGACCGCGUGCAGCUGAUCCUGCUGCUGCAGAAGAGCAAGUUUAUCGACGCGGUGGCCUUCAUGGACGACGUGGCCGCCGAGCGGGAGCGGGAGGACGACUCCUCCAGCUUGAUCAUUUCGGCCUACCGGUCCACGAUGGCGCCGGUGGCGCAGAACAUAGCCGGCACCUUCCUCCGCAUCCGCGGCCAUCUGGAGGGGGGCCUUGAGGAUGGCCAGAGCGGCCGAGGUAACCUGCCGCCCUUCAGCUGCCAGCUGGUCAAGCAGAACGCCAGCGGCCAGGUGGGCGGCAUCUUCCAGAGCUCGGCCGUCAGUGCCCACUGGGCCACGCAGUUCGAGGAGCCGCCAGCCGCCCUGUCGCCCGUCUCGCGGCGCAACCAAAUCGGCCACACCAACAUACCCUUCCUGCGGCAUGCGCAGUACGGACUGUCGGAGCUUCCGCGCCGGCGCCGCACCGUGCGCCCCGUGCCCCACCAGGCGGUGGAGAAGCGUCAGCGGGAGGCGGAGCAGGAGCAGGAGCGGGAACGGGAACGGGAGCAGAGGCAGCCGCACUUCUCGCUGCAGCCCUGCAAACGCCGUCGCCUGCUGUCCGAGCAGUUGGUGGACGAUGUCAGGGGCCAUGUGCAGUCCAUCCUGGGCCAGCAGUUGGGGCAAUCGCAGGUGGCGGACACGGAGCGCAGCGCGGCCGUCGAUCUGCUGCAGCCGCCAACUUUCCUGCAGACGCGUCAGCCGACGGCAAGCCAGAGCAGCAGUUCGCCGCAGGCCAAACUCACGAUCCUGAAGAGAAACGGCACAGCACCAGCACUGGAUGGAGAGCCGGUGGCGGUGGACACUUCUGCCACGCUGGCGGAGCCCAAGCGGUUCCGCUUCAAGCCGCCCAUUCCCCUGCGCUUGGAUGGAUCGAUGGAGGUGGACACCGAGGAGGAGGAGCAGGAGGGCGAGGAGGAGGAGACCGACGAGAUCAGUGAGAUCGAGUCGCGAAGCGAGCCGAGGAGCAUCGAGUCAGAUGAGGGUGACCAUGAGGUCGGCGACGACGACGACGACGUGGAGUUCUUUUCGCCAUUGGCCUCGGCCAAUGUGUCCUUGGUGAACCAGUUGGCAGAGCUGCCGCAGGAAUCGCCUGCUCGACCCGAGCUCCCACCGCCUGGCCAACCGGCUGGCCCACCGCCUGGCCCACAGCCACGUGGCUCAUUGCGUCAGGGAAAGAUUGACACUGCCACUGAAAGCGAGGGCAGCAGUGGGUUCGGUAGCUUUGCCACGGUCCAGCCAACGCCAACGACAUCGCACUCGCAGUUCGUGCCCACCAUCUGCUCCUCGAAGAUGUGCGAGACGCAGUCGCAGGUUUUCUCCAGCGGCAACAGCAGUGCGGUGAAGAUCUCCGAGCGCACCACCAUCUGUGGCGAAAUGGAGUCAACCGAUCUGGGCUCGGCACUAACUACCGCGGUCAGUGCGCAGUGGUCGCUGCCCGCAGUGCGUCCAACCGGCCAGGCACACCACCAGAUGAUGGACACCACGCUGGGCAUGUCCACCUACGAUGUGCCAUCGCUUGAGCAGCAGGUUGAGCAGCAGGAUCAGGAGGAGGAACUGAAGCUGGGUGAUACGCAGUCACUGGAGGAGGAACAUGACCAAGAACAGGGGCAGGAGGAGCCUGCGCAGAGCGGUUACCAGCAGCUGACGUUCAUGGGCAGCUCGCAAGAGCCUGCCCAGGAGGAGCCCCUCUCCUCGCCCACCUACAGCCUGAGUAGCGAAGAGUCGGACAUGUCCUCGGCCGCUGGCAUUCGAAAUCCCAUGAUAACCGCCCUGCAGAGCGACGAUCCCAUGUACUCCAUCGUUGUGGAGUCGACGGGCUCCAUCACCACGUCGCGGUCGGUGACGCACACGCCCACCUCCUUCCUGCCCAGCGACACGAACGUCUCGCAGACCUCGACUCCUCCGCGGCCGGCACAUGGCGGCGAUGGCGACGGCGACGGCUCACCGCCCACCCUGUACCGCGCCAACAGCCUGGAAACGGUCGACGAUCUGGACACCACCAAGGGUUCGCUGGAGGAGGAGGAGGAGUACGACGAGGACGACUGCGUCAUUGCACUGGACGGCACGGAGGUGCGCGGCUACGUGGCCCGCGCCCAGGAAGCGGCGGCCUGCAGCAGUGCGGAGCUGUUCGCCUUCAAGGACAAGGACGGCCAGGAGGAGUCGGCGGCCAGAGGCGACCCCUGCCCGUCUCUUUCGCUGGGCGCCACGGUCAACAGCGAUUCGGAGGUAGCCGACACCAUUGUGAUAGAUAGCGAUGACGAGGAUCGUCAGCCGGAGGAUCAGAAGCAGGAGCAGGAUCUGGAGCUGGAGAAAGCAGAAGAGUGGCCCAUGGGGGAGGAUGCCCCUAGCGAUGAUUCGGUGGCCACAGUGGCCUUUAGCGAGCACAAGCAGAAUGCGGAGGUGGAUGUGAAUGUGGAUGUGGAGGUAGAAGUGGUCCAUGAAGUGGAACUCCUGCAUGCAGGUCCCCUGGCGGAGAUUCCCGAAGAGGAUGAUGAAGAGGAGGAUGAAGAGGAGACCAAGGAGGAGGAGGUGGUCGCAGCACCAGCCCCGCAUUCUGCCCAAGAGGAGGACUCCAGGCAGAGUCUCACGCUAGUGCUGUCCGAUGAGGAUGAGGAUGAAGAGCAAGCAGCUCCGCCAACGACGCGUACUCUGCGUCCUCGACGUUCCACGGUGGAGUACCAGGACAGUCCGCGUUCGCUGCGCCCACGACGCCCCACUCUGGAGCAGCAGGACAGUCCGCAUUCCCUGCGCCCGCGUCGUUCUACUUCCAGGCCCGCCACGCCCAUUAACAAUGUCCAGCGCGGUCAGCGGUGCAACUCGCUGGCACCCGCGACCCAGAGUCCCAGUGUCCGGCGCACCUUGCGCGGCAUCAGCGAGCCACCCCCCAUGGUGGUCAUGCAGGCUGCGCCAAAAACCAGGGCGCCAAGAUCGCGCAAGACAAGUGCCAGUGAGUCAUCCACAUCCACAUCCGCACCCGCCUCGGUCGAGGAUUCAAAAACGGAGACGGAGGCGACGCUGCCCCGGACUCGUCGCACUGCCAAACGCGGCAACGGGAACGGCAACCCCGCCGAGUCGAACGAGGCCACAACAUCCGUGGCCAGCAAGAGCCAGCAAAAGACGACGCGUGGCAAGCGGGCCACCUCGCUGACGCCCUCGAACCAGGGUCCAACUGUCCGGCAGGCAAUGCGCGGCAUCAGCGAGCCGCCCACCACCACUUUGGAGGCCGGGCAGGUCGGCCGGAAGCGGAGGGCCGCCGGAGGUGGGCGAUCGCGCAAGACGAGCUCCAGCACGACAUCCACAACGGCUUCGCCUCCUCCGGCGCAGGAAGACGAUUCCGCAGCGGCUGAGAAGCGACCACGUCGCCGACGCACCGAUCAGUCCGCCAAUGCCACUGAAUCCGAGGCCAGAAGCACCCCGACAAGGCAGCUGCGUCUGCGCGUGCCACGCAACCAGAUGCCCGAGGCACCAUAGUGAAUUUGCUGAAAGUGCAUCCUUUGUGGCCACAACGAAACGAGCGCAUGUGGCAUAAACAGAGCUCAACUUAUCCUGAUAUUAUGAACGACAUAGGAAGCACUUCUCAAGAAACGUUAAAUUUUAGUUGGCACUAAAUCCGAUUUGUUUAUAAUUGAGUUAAUGUUAAAAUAAAUAAGUUGUAUGUUAACAAUUUA